ACUCUUGAUUGGGAUUUUAUGCUUCUCUCAUGAUUUUCCAUCUUUACAUGCUUGUACCCCUCGCACCCCAUGCUGUUUGUCGUUCGAAUUCAACGAUGAGCCUCGCUUGGAUUGUGGUCUCUUGUAUCAAUUAGACUUCAGAAGUUUCAACAACUCUGCUGAUCAACUAUUAGAAUUAUUCCAUAUUGGUUUCCCAGGUGCUCCUCGGGGUUUCAACCUGUGGUUUUGCCUCUAUGCUUAAAGACCACACCACCAUCAUGAACCUAUACAAUGUCUUCAGCAGCUAGGCCUACAAUAUUAGGCCAGGGACGCCAGGCAUGGCGAUCCCUCUACGAGUGCAUCGACACUUUUACGUCGAGAGUGCCCGGGAAACGAAAUCCGAUAAAUAGCAUUGGGCCUCAUCAGACAGCGCCCUAUGUUUCGAUCGCAAGGCCGCGAUCGACGGGAUCUCCGUGGUCAUUCUUUCGAACACCAAAACCACCCGGCAAUCAUGUUCGACGGAGCUUUACGUCCAGUGGCCUGCUGCUUAUUGGGUUUGCAUCACCCACGUCAACCACCUCAGCAGUCACAGCAACGUGUUCGGCUGCUGCGGACUCAGCUAUUCUCGGAAGUGCGGUUCAGACGUCCAACAUUGGCAACUUAGCGAGGAAAGCGUGGAUUAGGGAUAUGCAUACUUCCUCUCGAAGUGGUCGAGGCAGAAUAAUAAGGGUUCAUCGGAGGACGAAAACCUCCAAAUCUAAUACUGACAAUGUUAGCCCGACUGCCGCCCACCAGAAGAAUAUGACUCCGUCAAACCCUCCUUCAAACCCUCCUCAAAGCUCAAAGCCUGACGCGGAGCCCAGCGUCAAGCCUGCCGAGGGAGAACCGGCAUCUUCGCCUGUGUCCAAAUACUUCCAUCUACCUGCGAUGCCUCAGCUACCGCAUCUACCACAUCGACCAACUAAAGAAGAGUUCCUGGCUGCCGCAACCGGGUUUUGGCAGCGCCUAAAAGUUCGGUUUAAGUGGUUUUCUAUCAGAAGCAUGAGGCCAUGGAAUAUAGAUGAGUGGGGCGCUUUUGUGUCAUGGUUUCUCUUCGGUCAUCUCGUCUGGGUUCUAGUCGGCACAACUACUUUCUUCUCGCUUGCCAUCCUCUUUAUCAAUACAGUUUUCGCACAAGAAACACUUGCGAAAUGGAUUGGCGAUUAUUUGACUGAGUCUGCUGGUGUUACGGUAGUCUUUGAGUCAGCAAUCGUUCCCAGAUGGAAAGAUGGCGUCAUUUCGUUCCGAAAUGUUUUCGUCUCCCGCAGACCAGGCCAAGUUAAAUCUACUGUUAGCAAGGGAUCUUCUUCGAACGCUGCGGCCGUAGCUGCUGCUGGAAGAGAGACCGACAAAGAGAGACCUGUCGUUGAGGUCGACGACGGCAACUAUACACAGUUUGACAUCACGCUAAAUACAGUAAACGUCACGCUCUCGUUCGUCAAGUGGUGGAAUGGUAGAGGUCUACUAAAGGAUGUUGAGAUCAAAGGCGUACGAGGAGUGGUGGAUCGGACAUCGGUUAGAUGGUCUGGCGAACGAGUCGACCCCUUAUCAUACCGUCAUGAGCACAAUCCCGGCGAUUUUGAGAUCGAUGCAUUCAAAUUAGAGGACCUUCUCGUCACUGUCCACCAACCAGGCGGCUUCCGACCUUUCCCAGUUAGCAUAUACUCCUGCGAACUCCCCCAGCUGAGGAAACAGUUUUUGUUCUACGACUUUCUGUCCGCCAACCACAUGUCUGGAUCGUAUGAUGGAUCACUAUUCACCAUACAUCCUCGACAGAUACAUGGAGUCCCUGCCGGCCGCGAACACGUCGCUUGCGAUCCGUUGGGGGAACCGGACGCCUGGAAGAAAUUUAGCCGUAUUCGAAUAGAUGGGCUUAAAAUAGAUCACCUCAACCGUGGCGUCGAAGGUCCCUUCGGUUGGAUUUACGAAGGCAAUGUUGAUAUCGUAUCCGACAUAAGGUUCCCGGCCGAUGACAAUGAUGGUAUCACAAAGGUGGUUUCAGACUUCUACGAUCGGCUUGAAGAAGCUGUCACAUCAAACCGAUACCUCCGUAUCCUAGACCAGCCCCGCAGUGACGAAGAAGUCAUAUUCAACGCGCCGAGCUAUUUCGGGUCCGAUGAAGUGCCGGAAGAGACUGCCGCUGAUGCACCUCCUGCAGAUGAAGAUACAGAUACCGAAACUGACGACGGCUUCGUCAUAGUCCCAUCAUCUUCGAAGUCGAACGGAGAACGACAGCGCUACCUAGUCAUGGACCUGCGAAUCCACCUUAACGAUGUCAAAGCCACUGUCCCCGUCUUUACUUCCAACCUAUCUUACGUGAACCAGGCUCUCGUACGACCUAUCGUUGCCUACAUCAACGCCAAGCGCACCUACAUUCCUAUUAACUGCCGCAUUGUCAAGCGUGCUUCCGACUUCGACGGCUCUUGGACUAUCUACGAUUGCGGGCUCAUGGACGAUGCCUCAGCUGAAGUAUACGCCGCAUUCGCCCACGACGUGGAAGACCAACAGAGUCGCGUUCGCCGCCUGAAGAAGGUCGGUUUUUGGACCUUGAGCUUGGCUGUGCAUGCGCUCUUCAUGGGUAUGGCGGGGAAUGUCAUUUAAAAUCGCCUCUCUGGCCUUACUCCUACUUACUCCCUACACUUUCUCUAACCUCCCCUUUCCCCACCCCUCUAUUGUAAAUAAAACAAAAUGAUUAGGCACGCAUGGGUGGAUUUACGAGGAACAGGGAAAAUGGCUUACGCGAACGCCGGUUGACGAUUUAUUAUCCGGGAUAGGUUGGGUAUAUACAUACAGAUAUUACGUACGGAGUUUUGGGGUCUCAGGUUGGGGUUUGUCCUUUUUUUUUCGAGCCGGAAAUACCCCCCUUAGGCAGCACAAUACAAUACAAUACAAUAGAAAUAUACAAGAAAUACAUAAACAUUAGCGUCGGUCUACUUGCCUUGAGCUUACCAAA